GUAUUUAUAUAUGUGGGGAUAUAUAUGUGCUGUAUUUAUUCUAUUCUCCUAUUCUUUGUAUUUAAAUUCCUGUUCACUGUAUACGGCCAUUUUGUCCAGACUAAGCUGCCUACAAACACAUUAUCUCGCUAUUUUCAAGGCUUAUUUAUUUAAUGGUAGUUUAUAUAUCUGUGAUCAGUUAAAUAUAAUUAUUUUUUUAGGUUUAUUUGUUUUUAUUUUAAUCGAUGGAUUUCGGGUCCGAAGACGAGGAGGUGCGCUGUGACAUUGAGCACAUCUGGGCCAUAUGGGCCAUGCAGUGGCUUUAUAAAAAGCACAUUUGAGGGCGCUUUGGUUUCUCUGUGCUUGCUGUGUGGGUACAAAAGGUUUAUUAAGACCACGGAGAUGGAGAAGCCUGCCCAUAGAUCCUCCUACAAUGUCUGAAGUGAGAAUUGUGCUGCUGGGGGAUAAUGUACCUUUGACCAGCAGAGUGGGAAACAUCAUCCUGGGCAGAUCUGCAUUUAAGACUGAGGUUCUACAGAGUGAGAGAGCCAGUGGUGAUGUGGAGGGAAGACUCAUCACCAUCAUAAACACACCUCAUCUCUAUAACCCACAUCUCUCUCAGGAGGAAGUGAUUCAGAGAGUAAAAGAGUGCUUUUCUCUCAUUGAUCCUGGACCUCAUGUGUUUCUGUUAGUUCUUCAGUCAGAAUUAAUAUCACAUGAGCUACAUGACAGAGUCAGAAGUGUAUUAGAAACUUACAGCCCAAAGUCUAGCACACGGACAGUAAUGUUAACUAUAGGUAAAGUCCAUGGAUUCAUCAGUGAAUGUGAUGUGAGACACCACAGAAUUGAGAGUCUAUCUAAAUUUGAUCAACAUGAGGUUCUUCAGCUUUUGGGGAAAAUAGAUGCAGUGGUGAAGGAGACUGGAGGAAGUGACCAUCCAGAGAAAAAGCACACAGGAACACAGACAAGCUGUCAGGAUCAUUUAACUGGUAACACAACAGAGACAGAUGGAGAUACAAUAAUGGAAACACUGGAGGAGAAUAAAGUGUCUGAGCUGAGGUUCAUUCUUUUGGGGAAAAGUGUCUCAGACACCAGCAGUGUGGGAAACCUCCUCCUGGGCAGAUCUGUGUUUGAGACUGAACAUCCUCUACAUUCAGUGGAACUUCAGUGUGAGAGAGUCAGAGAACAUGUGAAGGGAAGAUACAUCACCAUCAUCAACGCACCUCAUCUGUUUGACCAAACCUUCUCAUAUCAUCAGCUCACACUGUGUAUUAAAGAGUGUGUGUCUCUAUCGGCUCCUGGACCUCAUGUCAUAAUGCUCAUUGUAGAGCCGGAAAGUUUCAGUGAAACAGACAAAAGACGAGCAGAUAAAAUUCUCUCAUCUCUGUCUGAGGAUGCCCAUAAAUACACCAUGGUGAUAACUACAAAGAACAUAGAAAUAGGCAGCAGUGUUGAUCCAGUGGAGGAGAAUGUAAUACAGAAGAUCAUUGCUGAAUGUAAUUACAGACAUUUAACCUUCAGUGGAUGCACGCAGGCCAAUCUUGUAGAGAAGGUGGAAGAGAUGGUCAAGGAGAAUAAAGGAAGUCUUUUCUGUGAGAUUUAUGAAGAUGCGAUUGGCCAACAUCAGUCUGAGCAAAUCAUAGACCAACCAGAACAUGAAGUAACUGAAACACUAGAAGAACAUUUUCAAACAGAAACAACAGGAAUGUCUGUUCAAACACACACAAAAUCCAAACUUACAGAACUUAAAGAAAAGUUAAUAAAGAAGCAACACAGUGUAGAAUCAAAACAGACUCCACAUUUGAAGCUAGUGCUGUUGGGCAAUGAAAACAUAAAGGCCUCAGGAUCUAAAAAGCCCUCAGAGAAAGAAGUUUGUGGACACCUGGUCACGCUGAUGGAGCUGCCUGCUCUCUACAACACUCAUCUCUCAGAACAGGAAGUGAUGCGUCAGACUUUCCAAUGUGUCUCUGACUGUAAUCCUGGAGUUGAUGCUUUCUUCAUCAUUGUUCCUGAAGGUCUUCUCACUGAUGAUGUUAAAGCAGAAAUAGAGACGUUUCAAAGGAUCUUCAGCUCCAGAGUUAAUGAUCACACCAUAUUCAUCAUCACCCAGAAGUCACCAAAGAAAGACAUAAAUAAAGAUCUUCAGGCUUUGAUAAAGACAUUUGGAGCAGAAUAUAUUUUAUACAGCAGGAAAAUAAAUGCAGAAAAUCUGCUCCCACAUGUUAAAGACCUCCUUACAAAGAACAACAACCGUCAGUAUACGAUGGCCAUGUACGCUGAGGCCCAGGUCGAAGCACAGCUGACAUACAAACGUCAAAUUCACAAUCUGGAAGAACAAAUGACUGAACUCAAGAGAAACAGACCUCAAACACAAGAUUUGUCAAAAAGCCCUGACACACUCAGAAUUGUGCUGUUGGGGAAGACUGGAGUUGGGAAGAGCGCAACAGGAAACACCAUCCUGGGGAAAGACGUAUUUAAAGAAAUGCUGUCAUUUCAGUCAGUAACCAGUGUGUGUCAGAAAGAGACAGCAGAGGUCAAUGGGAGACAGAUUACUGUGAUCGACACUCCAGGACUGUUCGACACUUAUAUUGAUAAUGAAGAGAUCAGGAAAGAGAUUGUUAAAUGUAUCUCCAUGGUAUCACCUGGUCCUCAUGUGUUCCUGCUGACACUGAAAAUAGGACAACGCUUUACAGAGGAGGAAACAAAAGCAGUGGAAAUCAUUGAGAAGACUUUUGGUAAAGCAUCCAACAUGUACACAAUCAUCCUCUUCACCAGGGGCGAUGAACUUAAAGGAAGUCCAUUUGAACAGUACAUUGAAAAAGCUGGAAAGUUUCUAAACAGACUUUUGUUUGCGUGUGGUAAAAGAUACCAUGUUCUCAACAACAAUGAUAAGUCCAGCAACACCCAGGUCCUGACUCUACUGGAUAAAAUCUACUCAAUGGUGACGGUGAAUGGAGGAAGCUGCUACACUAAUGAGAUGUUCCAGAAGGUUGAAGGAGCUCUAGAAGAAGAAAAAGAGAGAAUCCUGAAAGAGAGAGAGGAGCAGAUAGAGAGGGAGAAAGAAGAACUGAAGACCAAAUAUGAAGCUAAAAUGGAGGAAAUGAGAAGAGAAAUGCAGAAACAAAAAGAAAGACAAGAGGCAGAAGAGAGACAAACAGAGGAACAAUUUAAACAGAGAGAGGAACAAAUAAUAAGAGAAAUGAUCGAAAGGGAACACAAUCUGAGAGAAGAUUUCUGGAAGAGAAGAGAAGAAGAUGACUUGAAGAUGAAGGAAAGGAUACAAGAAAUAAACAGAGAAAGAGAGGAGAACAGGAAACAGUGGGAGAGACAGAGAGAGGAAGAUCAGAAACGGAGAGAUCAGGAGGAGGAGGAAAGAAGGAGGAGAAGGGAAGAAGAAUGGAAGGAGCAUCAGCGAAAGGAGAAGGAGAAGUUUGAAAGAGAAAAAGAAGAGAUGGAAAAUAAUAAAUUGGAAGAAUUAAAGAAACUGCAGAAGGAGUAUGAAGAGAAGGCAGCAGAGGAAGACAGGAAAAUAAGGGAUUUAGAGGAGAAAAUAAGGAAUGGAGAGGAAAGUAAAAAGAAGGAACUCCAAGAUCUAAAGUUAUCUCAACAACGAGAGAGAGAGCAGAGGACGAGGGAGGAGGAGGAGAAGAGAAAAGAUCAGCAGGAGAACUGGAAGAAAAGAAUCGCUGCUAUGGAGGAAAAGUGGCGUUUAGAGCAGAAACAAUAUGAAACAGAAAGACAGAAAGAAAAGGAGGAGAAAGAUUUAAAAGAAAAGGAAAGAAAAGAGAAAGAAGAUCAAGAAAGGAGAAGAAUUGAGAAUGAGGCAAAUGAAAAGAUAAGAAUGAUGGAAGAACAAGUAAAGGUACAAAGAGAGGAAGAUGAGAGAGAAAGAAAGAAAAAAGAUGAAGAACACAAAAAGGAGAUGGAAGAAAAUCUACAGAAACAAAGGGAAGAUUUCAGAAAAGAGAAAGAAGAACAAGAGAGAAAACACAAUGAGAAGGAACAGAGAAAUCUGUCCUUCAUUCAAGAGCUGCACAAGAAAGAGCUGGAGACCCUGAAGAGAGAGACUGAAGAAGCAGCAAGGAAACAAGCAGAGGAAGAAUUUUCUGCUGAACUUUAUAAAAAAGUUAAAAAGGCUAAAGAAGAAGGAUUAGAAAAGGGCCGUGCAGCAGUAGAGGCAGAAAGAUCAGGACUCGGCAGAGCUGUAGAUGGAUUAAUAAAUUUAUUUUUCUAGUAAAAGAAAAAAAGAAAAAGGAAUGAAAACUUGAUUGAAAUGUAUUUCUGUAAUUAUUUGAUUUCAUUUCUGUAUAUUGGUAAACUUGCUGAGUGGAAAGUUAAAUGUAAGUAUAAUUAACAUAAUUACAUCAACAUAUGAUCUAUGUUCUUGCUGGUCCACUGGCUAGGAUCCCCUGCUCUUACUGUACAGUCUGGGUUUGAUUCCUGGCCACCGAGGGGUUAACUCUCAGUACCAGUCCCAAGACCAGACCAGAUAAAAUGGAAGGGUGACAUUAGGAAGGGCCUCCAGGGUAAAAGCUGUGAGGAAUCAAAUAUGUGCACCAGACGACUCUUCUGAUCAUUUUCUUGCUUCAUCUACGUUGGAAUCUAUUGUUAAUCUCAUUUAAUUGUAUAUGUAAAAUAAACUUUGAUUUUUUUUAUAUAAAUAUCUUACAUUAAUCAUAGAUGCCCUGAAGUCCCUGAACUCAUACUGAACUACCUCAACUUUGUCCAUAUAGUGUAGAAACCGUAGAAAUACACACCAAGUUAUGGAAAUAACAACAUUUAAGGUUUUGGUGUUUUGUAGUCCAUCUUACUUUUGCUGUUAUAAUUAUAGCUUUUAUCUUACAGUUAAAACUUACCAAGGUCUUCAGACUGGUUACUUAUAACAUGGUGGUUUGGUCUUUAUCUAUGUAACAAUUAUACAGUAUCCACUGUGCCCGCCUGUUUCAGUUCAUCACUAUUAUUAUUAUGUCAGUUAAGUAAACAUCAGGACUUCAUUCCAAACAUGAAUUUUCUGCUUUUUCUGCCAUUCAUUAUCAUUUCAACUGUACACAUCUGCUACAAUACAGUAAAACUAAUCACAGGACCAUGAUGCUACAUAAAACUCAGAAUUACAAAGGACGACCCUGACAUAAGUACACUGCGUAGACCUACAUAGUACAGUACAGUACAGCACCUGACAGGGGGCAGUGCAGUACAGUACAGCACCUGACAGGGGGCAGUGCAGUACAGUACAGUACCUGACAGGGGGCAGUGCAG